AAAUUUUGUCAAUGGUAAAUUAUUAACCACAGAUUAAAAAAUAUUUUGUAUUGAAGAAUGGAUGGGAGUAUUUUUUCUUGUGAUAUUUCCUAAAUUCGUUUCAAAAUAAUAUUAAAAACGUUUAGUACCUACUCAAGCUUAUUAUAUUCGCCUCAACCGGGAGAAUUUCGGAUUAUAAAAUAAGCAACUUAAAAUCAACCCUAAUAACAAUUUGUUAGUCUGCAACAUAAAUUGUAAUUUGUGGCUUUGUGAACCAAAUCACUGGAAAUCAUGGAUAAUGAUGAGUUGGGGAACGAGCUGGUGAGGUUAGACAAUGGUUACCUCGUCGAUGAAGAGACCUACGUUGUUAACGAUGAUGUCCUUGAACAAGAAGAAAACAACUCUGAUUCCAAUGGAGGGAAAAACGCGCCUUUGCGCGAGCAGGACAGAUUCUUACCUAUUGCUAAUAUUGCCAAAAUCAUGAAACGGGCUAUUCCUGAAAAUGGAAAGAUAGCAAAAGAUGCAAGAGAAUGUGUCCAGGAAUGCAUAUCAGAGUUUAUUUCAUUCGUAACAAGUGAAGCAAGUGACCGCUGUCAGGUGGAGAAACGGAAGACCAUCAACGGAGAAGAUGUUCUCUUUGCGUUGAACACACUCGGCUUUGACAAUUAUGUUGAGCCACUCAAGUUAUACCUUAAGAAAUAUAGAGAAAUUGUAUUAUCACCGGUUACAAUCAACAAGUUAAACAAAACUAUUGUCUUUUAUGGAGAGGAUAGUACAGCGAUUGUCUCGAAUGACAACGAAAAUGAAAACCAAUCUGACUCAGCAGUGAUAUACGCCUAUCCUAAAGUAAUUGGAGAUUUUACCAUUAGUUGAGUGAGGAUUGCUGGUGUUGAUGGAUGAACCACGGAGGCUAAGUGAUGGAUUCAUUAAACAAAAUAUGGUAAUGUUUGAGACAUCCCGUGAUUAGUGAAAUGGAUAUUGUAUGUGAGAAGUUUAUAUACUGUAAGUACAGAGAGGUGUGCAUGACCGACGUAGCUCACGUAGCCAUUGACUAAUACAAAUUGGUAUUGUAUGUAAUAAUAGAAUAAUCAGAUACUAAAAACAAUAAACUUUAUUGUAUAUUUUAAAAACAAAGUAAAAUUAAUAGAAUAAAAUAUUUCUUUCGUUUAUUUAUUAAACUUCUUGCAAAUAAAAAAUUGCUGCAACUUUAAAAAGCUGUAGCAUAAUUCUGUAUACAUAAAAGUCGGUCAUGAACCCUUGUAGUAUGGAUAUUUGAUUUUUUGUUAUCGCUAGACAACAUUUGGCAGUUAAUUUAUAAUGGAAGUAGAAUGCUAGAAUUUAUUAUAAUAUAGAAACGCAAAUUAUGCAAAGAUCAUAAUGCUGAACCAAUAAGAAAAAUAUACAAAAUAAUGGGAUGGCAACACAGAGGUACACAGUAUGGGGUAUAUAAAAAAAAAAUUGUGGAUUUUAUUUUCAGUAGAAAUCAGUACAAAGUAAGCAAUUCUCAGUCUUAAAAUUUAUAAAGGCAGAUUAUACCAUCCAACUGUGACAUACAAAUUACUCGUGUUUUUAAAACAAAAACUUUAUUAAUAAAAUGCUACUGUUCCAAAACCAAAACUGUGGGUUGCAUCUUCCAUAAUGUGUGUUGUUUAAUUGAAUGAGUAGAUCUGCUAGAAUAUUAUACUUCCAGAUUUCAUAUUCUAAAUAGUUUUUUUUUGGCACAGCCCUUUACAAGCUGACAACAUAAGUUUCAUCAAAUACUAAUGUCGUCAUAUGAAGUGGAAAUUGUUUAAGGGAAGUUAUUGUAAGUUUUUAUUAGAAAUAAAUCUAUAUUUUCCAACCCAA